AUGGCUCCCGUUGCCAAGGAAUUCGACAAAAUUAUUCAAGACGGACGCGAGCGCAAGAAGAAUGAAGCGCUCGCCAGCAAGAUCUUUUCCAAGGGUCGCCGCCAGAGCGCGCCAUCCAAGCUCAAGGCCGCGGCCAGUCCGUCUCUCGCCAGUCGCGUAGGCGUUCGCAAGGUUCCACAGCGCGCCAUCACCUCGGGCCGUCGGGCCAGCGUCCCCAGUGGCAACGUCCACGGCGAAUGGACGCACGACCUACAUCACACUGUCCGCGGCGGCGCGGCUUCUACAGCCCUCGGCUCGCGCGUGACGCUGCCCGGCGGCCAGAACAUCUCCAAGCGGGCCGCGACGCGCCAGGCCAAGCGGGCCGCGACGCGCCAGGCCAAGAUGGCCGCCGCCGCCGCCGACGCCAUGGACAUUGACAACUUCGGCCACGGCAACAACAACAACAGCAGCAGGAACAAGGUGGCCAUCGCGGCGCGCAGCCAGGUCAAUGUGCGUGCGGCAGCAGCAGCGACGCCGCAACAGCAGCAUGGUAUCUCAAUCCGCGGCAUCGCGGGCCCGUACGCUAUUGUGGGACAGAAUUUCGCGCCGGGCACGACGCCGGCCGACGUCGAGAGCGCCAUGACGCCGAUUGGCGGCGAGAUGAUCCGCUGCGAGGUCAUCAAAACGCAGCCAUUCCUCAUGAUGGAGAUGGUGUUUGCAUCCAGAGAGGGCGCGGAGCGCGUCAUCGACACGUUCAACGACAAGACGGCCGACGGUCGCAUUCUCAAAGUAUACCCUAAGAUCGGCGGUUACCAGCACGCCGGCAGCAGUACAGGACAGCAGCAGCAAGGACUUUCGAAACGAGGCAGGCAGCAGCGCAACGAACAGGUCGUGGACGGCACCAUGGGCUUCGCGGGUGGCGAUUUGAUGCAGAGCGUUGUCAGCCACAACAGCAAGCAAAGUGGUGAUCUAUUCAGCGACAGAAUGAUUGGUGGCGGGAGGCGUGCCGGCCGCGGUGGCCGUCGGGGAGGACGCAUGUGA